UCUUUACUGGGCAUAUUGUACGAAAAACAUCCUACGACAUGUAGCGUGAAAGGCGUACAUUAUAGACACAAAUAGAUAUUUAUCUAGUCAUCUAGUCUUUCUAAUGUAUACAGUGAUUGCUGGAUAAAACAUAAUACUUCUUUUAUGCUUGUUCACGUAUUUGUCGAUCAAUGUUUUAAGAAUGACGUAAUAAUAGAUGACGUCAGGCGGAUGUUCGCAUGAAGGCUUUUGAGGAAAUCUUUUUUUCUUUUUUUUUCUUUUUUUUUUUUGGGGGGGGGGGUUUUGGUUUGGUGUUUUGGGGUUGUUUUUUGUUGUUGUUGGAUUUGUUUGUUGUGGGGGUUUUGGGGGUGGGGGGAGGGUUCUGUGGCUUAUUUUGGACCAAUUUUCCAUCUUCUUGCUAACUUAUCUGCUUCCUUAUUACCUGGGAUGUUGCAAUGUGAUGGUUUCCACUGAAUUGUUUGUUUGUGUGCCACAGGUUAGCGCAGAAAGAGUUUAGCAAAUUCAUUCCUGUCUUUGUUUUGGGGGGGUCUUUGAGAGCUUGGAGGACCGAGAGAGCAACCGAGUACAUGAGAACUUUCCAAUGUGUAUGAUAACACGACUGAGAAAAUGCUACUGUAAACACAGGUACCACAUGCAUUGUACACACCACGGGUAUCCCCAAACAUCAACGUCAACUAUGUUAUAGUAAAGUUAUAUAAUAUGUAACUAUAGUAUUUGCAUUAAGGUUUUUUGUUUGGGGGGUACCUGUGGUACACACCUUUCCGAGUGGAAAAAAACCCCUGAAACAUGAUGUGAUUGUGGCACAGUCUCCAUGACUUAUCGCUCAUUUCCUACAGCAUUGUCCCCACUACUAGUACCAGAGGAAAGUAUAGUCUGGCCUUCAGAUGAAUCCCUGAAGAAAAAACUAUAUGGCCCCAAGGAAAAUCUGCAACACACAGCAGCAUUUGUUCGAGAUACUGCGGUCCCUGUCAGCGUUCGAAGAAGUUUGUUUUUAUAGGUUUUUGUUUGACGUCAUAGAUAUUUUAACGUCAUGAAUUUUCCCACGUUGAGCUCAAAUUAUGACGACAAGGUUGGGGAAACCUCGUGUUUUAGCUGAUCGACAUCAAAUUGACAACGUAGCAUGAGAUGACAAAAUAAAGCCAGAAUUUUAGCGACAGAAGCACAAAUGUCUUGGCAAAAAGUCGGUCAAGCUGCCACAUCGACGCUUACCGAGGAAGUGGAAGACGAUGGGAAUAUUAACAAUAAACGCAGAUGGACACUUGUACAAAACGUAGCAAGGGUUAUUGCGUGGAACUCAAGUCGAAAGGUUGAGGUGAAGGAAAGCGAUACAGAUCCGUUCUUACAGAGGUUUACUUCAGUUGCCACUGGUUUGAAGAACAAAAAACAUUUCAAAUACAAAAGUUUCUUCACCUGGAAAUUGUGGAGUGAACUGGUUAUCAACCCUGCAGACUGGGUCUUCUAUAAAUGGUCCGAGGUCGUCGCCGUUGCCAUAUAUUACAACAUCAUCGUGAUUAUAGUCAGAUCCGUUUUCCAGGAGCUGCAUCAAUCAUACCUUAUGCCCAUGUGGUUUGUUAUGGACUACACCUGUGACCUUAUCUAUAUCUUCGAUGGAUUUAUCAGAAGUCGAUUAGGGUUUUUGGAGCAAGGCAUCCUGGUGACUGAUGUGAAAAUAUUGACCUGUCACUAUCUCAUGUCACGGAGAUUUUUUCUGGACUUCAUAAGCGUAAUCCCCUUAGAGAUACUGUAUAUUUUUGUCGAGUACAACUCGUUCCUGCGUUUGAACAGAGUUAUAAAAGUGACUAGACUAGGCGAAUUUUACCAAGAUUCGCAGACCAGGACGAACUCGCCCACCCUGUUCCGGCUGACGUGUCUGAUCGUCAACAUCGUCAUCGUGAUUCACUGGAACGCGUGCAUCUUCUACGCCUUCAGCGCCCUGUUCGGCUUCAACUCGGACGGCUGGGUGUACGCGGUGACGAAGAAAGAGGACAUGUGGUUCGCGCACAAGUACCUGGCGUGCUUCUACUGGUCGAUGCUCACACUGACGGCCAUCGGAGACACGCCGCCGCCGGAGAGGGUGGAGGCGCUGCUCUACGCCACCUGCUGCACCUUGUGCGGCGUCCUCAUCUUCGCCACCAUCUUCGGCAACAUCGGCAUCAUGAUCAACCAGAUGAACGCCACCCGCCAGCAGUUCGAGCAGGACCUCGACUCGGUGAAGCGCUACAUGGCCAUACGGAAGGUGAGCCCGUUUCUCCAGGAGCGGGUCUUCCACUGGUUCACCUACCAGUGGAAGAACAACAAGCAGUCGGUGGACGACGGGCAGGCCCUGGCCGUGCUGCCGGAGAAACUGCGCGCCGAGAUCGCCAUCUACGUGCACCUGGACACCCUGAAGAGGGUGGCGCUCUUCAAGGACUGCGAGCCGGGCCUGCUCAUCGAGCUGGUGCUGAAGCUCCGGCUGCAGGUGAUCAGUCCAGGGGACUUCAUCUGCCGGAAGGGCGAGGUCGGGAAGGAGAUGUACAUCGUGAAGCGCGGCAAGCUGAUCGUGCUGUCGGAGGACGGCGAGGAGGUGCUCGGUACGCUGGAGGACGGCGCCGUCUUCGGCGAGAUCAGCAUCCUCAACAUCAAGGGAAACCGGACGGGAAACCGGCGGACGUGCCACGUGCGCAGCGUCGGCUACUCUGACCUGUUCUACCUGUCCAAAGUGGACCUGUGGCAGGCGCUGUCCGAGUACCCGAGCGCCAAACGCAUGCUGCAGGAACGUGGCCGGCAGAUGCUGAAGAAGGACCACCUCCUCGACGAGAAGGACAUGGCUCACGAGGACAUCAUCGUGCCCAUGGAGGAGCGCGUCCUCUCCAUAGCCGAGCAGCUCAGCGUCGUCAACGCCAAGAUGGACGCCAUGGCCGACAGACUUAACAACCUGAUGCCCAAUCAUGGCAGAAAGUACUCAACCGUAGGUCGGCUUGUAGACAAGGCCACAUCGCCCGUGUUCAAAUUUUCACCCAAGGACUCUCCUCCCCCAAAACGCCGGCAGAGUAGGGCUACCAGUCCCAUUGUGAGAACGGGAAAACUGGGCAAACUAGGAUCAGUUAGCAAACAUCACAAACCUGAAUUUUUGUAAGCAGGAAAUAUCGCCCUCAAUAUAGUAAUUAUCAUACGCGUACGGGCUCCCAUUUUUGUAGGGGGCAGGCUGGUUUUUGUAGGGGGCAGGCUGGUUUUUGUAGGGGGCAGGCUGGUUUUUGCCCGAAUUGAACGAAAAUGCUCGAAUCUGGAUAACAACAUUUAUUCAAAUUAGCAUUAUUGCCAAACAGCUAUAGGGUUUCAAACGAAUCACUACGCAUUUUUAAAUGAAUUACAACUAAUUUUACGGGUAGAAUAAUGGAAAUACAAUGGUAUAAAGGUCUCAGAUUAGUACAUUUUGUACGAAUAUCUUUAUAAUUUUUGCCUCAAUUUGAGAAUUUGUUCCAGAACUGCCAAACCCCCACCCACCCCUACACCCCUGUCUCGUACGCUUAAAUUAUUAUUAUUAUUAUUAUUAUUUAUUAUUAUUAUUAUUGAAAUACAAAUAACAGAUUGGAAAACGUUUAACUGAGACAUACCUAAACGUAUCUUGAAGCGAGAUGUGACAUCAAUACGACGCCUGUACAUCUUUGACUUAGACAUUAGACGUUUGAAGAGUUUUUCAAAUAUGGGCAUAAGAAUAACAAGCUACACAUGAAUGGAGAUUGACGUCAUUGCUGAUUAUGACUUACUUGCACUGAUUUUGAUAUCUCCUUAUAGUUUGAGAUUAGAUUCUUUUUCUUUUUGUGUGUGUUUGUGCAAAAUUUGCACAUUAAUGAUAAAAUAGUCUGACAAUGUUAAAUAAACAAAUUAUGUGUUUCACUUUAUUAGUUUUCGAGAUACAUAUUGUGAGAACUCGUUUGUUGUUUUUAUUUGAAAAACGAUAACUUCAGAAAUACUUUUAAAUCUGAAAAUUUCAGUUGUCAUAGAAGCUGUAAAGUUAUAAGAAAAUUAAAUCAUUGAUAUUUUGUAAAAAAAAAA